AUGAGAAGACAACGAAUUUUCCCCUUUGAAGGCAGUGAUGAUGACUACAUUACCUACCUUGAAACAAAGUUGCUAGAAGCCCAAUAUUCUAGCUCCCCCCCUGCAGCUCCUGUUCCCAAUUCCCCACCACCUUCUCCAAACUUGAGGAACGACAAUUCCGGCCCAGAGUUAUGUGUCUUUUAUUAUGAUCCUCUCAACAAUAAAGAUGUAGAAUGGCCAGUAUCCUCUUCUCUCCCUGUGAAUAUACCACUGUCACCUGAAGACACCAAGAAAUUAAUUAAGAGAGGUUGCAAGUAUGCCUCUGCAGCAUGCAAUCUUAAAACAGAUGGAGAAUUUGCAGUGAAUUCCUGCAUUGCACAACUGUUGCAUAAGAGCUGGGGGCAUGUGCUUAACCUGUUCAGAAGUAUGGACAUCUCUCCCAGUCUAAAUAAAGUCAUGAAGCUUUUAUAG